AGGCGGCAGCCGCGAGUCUUGGAAGUGUAGAGAGCGCGGGGCGCCUUGCGUCUGGCGACUACCUGGUGGCUUUAGAGCCCUCCCGCCUCUUGCCAUGGGCAGCGCCGAGAGCAGCGAGGGCCGCAGGGUGUCCUUCGGAAUGGACGAAGAGGAGCGGGUCCGGGUGCUGCAGGGCAUCCGGCUGUCUGAAGAUGUGGUGAACCGUAUGAAGGAUUCCAGCCAGCCUUCGAAAGCGCAGCAGCCAGCUCCGCCACCUAGGACCCCUCCUCCAUCUUCUGCUUUGGGCUCUUCAGAAGGCAAUGCCAAAGCCCCUAAGAAAGAACUCAAACCACCAAGGUCAGAGAGCAGCAGGGGCCAGCAGCCCUCAGGGGCAGCAGAGGAUCUACUCAGGAGGUAUGAACAGGAGCAGGCCAUAAUGCAGGAUGAGAUGUUCCAGAAGGCUAAGAGGGAAAGAGAGGCAGCCAUCAAACAUCUGAAAGUGUCCCUUCAACAGAAAGAGAGCAUCACUGACCAGGAGAAGCCAAAGUCAGCCCAGCUGGCCAAGGAGCUGGAAGGCAUGGAGGAGGAGCUGAGAUGCAGGGACAGCUUUUAUAAGGAGCACCUGGGGCGCCUUGAGAGGAAGACUGCUGAGAUGUAUAAACUGUCUUCACAGCAAUUCCAUGAGGCAGCUUCAAAAACGGAAAGCACAAUACACCCCCGCAGGGUGGAGCCCGUGUGCUCGGACCUGCAGGCCCAGAUCCUCCGCUGCUACCGUGAGAACCUGCAGGAGGUGCUGCUGUGCUCCGACCUGGUCAAGGCUUACCAGCGCUGCGUGAGCGCCGCCCACCAGGCCCACACUUCAGUGGCAGAGCCAGCCCCCAGUGCCGUCCCCUGCUCUAGCAGAGGAUGUCUUCAGCAAAUACCUCUCACCCCUUGAUCUGCAUCGGAGCAGCCAAAGGGUUGAGGCACAGCCAUCGUUCCGGGCCUGGCAGUGACCCUGAGCCCUGAAGAGGGCACCGAUGAUGGGACCACAGACCCCAGGUCCACAGCCAUCGUGCCCAGCCAUUUCCUGCAGGGGCGGCUAUGUACGCCUCUGUGCCUGCGGCUUCCGUGGCUUAAGCAGUAGCAGGUGUGCUUCUGUCCAGAAACAAAUAAAGCAGAUGUCUUUGUUUGUAGUCA